AUGGCUGUUGUUCAGACUAAUAAUGAAAAUCAACAAAAAGUAUCAUUACCAAGACGAAUAGCAACAUACAUUGCUUCAAUGAAUUUUACUAAAGUAUUUCGUCGUCACCAAUCUAGAGAAGCAACUUUAUCUAAUAUCAAAUCAUCGGAAAGACCAUCAUUGAUUCAUCAGCAUCAUCGAUAUAAUCGACCAUUUUCUUAUCAUAUUCCAAAAACUGAACAAUUAUCAUCACCACCAUCAUUAACUAAACUAUCAACUAUCGUUCCAUAUCGAAUUGGUUUAUCAAGUGAUAGUACACUUGUAACUAAUAAUCAAGCAAAUCAAAAUGAUGAAAUUAUUCGUUUACCAUUAAAAAGUGUUAAAGCACAUAAAGAUCGUCGUUAUCAAUCACAAUUAAAUGCAAAUAAACGUUGGUUAUUUCGAUCGAUGGAAACACUUGAUGGUUGGAAAGGCAAAGUAUUUCCACAGAAAGUUCGAACAACUAAUUCUAGUCAAUCACGAUCACGUAGUGUUGAAAAUUUAACUAAUGAUAAUUCUCAUAACAAUAUUCUAUUAAAUCAUAAUCCACCAACAAUAAAACAACAACGUGCCAUAUCAUCUAAUCGAAGUAUUGAAGGAAUUACCAAUCGCGUAAUUCAUGGUAUUGGUAUUCAUCGAAAAUCUACGAAUUCUAUACCUAAUCUUACACGUAGUCCAGCAUUAACUAUUAAAAAACAAUCAUUAUCUACUCAUUUAAUUAAUGAUCAUAAUAAUGAACGAAAUUCUUCAGCUAUUCUUGAUUUUCGUGAAAUAUCUUCUAUUGGAUUUUCACAAUCAAGAACAAUAAUAACAGAUGAAAAUGAGAAUAUUUCUAUAACACGAUCAGAAAAUAAUAAUAAUAAUGAUGAUGAAAAUGACGAAGUGACAAGUAAUUUAUCAUUUCUUGGUAAUAAUUAUGAGCAUAAUGGUAAUAAUGAAGCAGGUGAUUCAUGGGAUUUUAGUAUUACAUGGAUUGAUUCUCUUAAACAACAACAAUCACCUCAAUGUAAAAUACAAUUUUAUGAAAAUCUCAUUAAAUUACUUGAACAAGAUACACUAAAUAUUGAUGAAUUACUUGUUUUACGUAAAGUUCUUGCUAAAAUUUGGCCUACAGAUGAAACGACAAUGGAUUGUAAUAAUCAAUUAAAUUCUCUUAAUUCAAAAUCACUUCAAAUUUCAAAUAAAAUUAAACAACGUUCAAAACUACCUGCUAUGGCACAUCAUACAGCACAACGAUGUUCAACUAUUCUUGAACAAUCACUCGUAGUUUAUGAAACAUUAAAUGAACAACAAAGUGGUCAUAAUACAAAGCCAUCGUCGACAUUAUUUACUACUAAAGCUAGACCAUGUUUUAUUGAAAAUCAAAAUGAUAAUGUUAAUAUUGAACAAACUUAUCCUCAACAUUUAAAUCCAUUCGACGAUACAACAAGUAUAGAGAAAAUAGAUAUAACACCAUCUGCACCAUCAAAAGAACUUGAUCAGAAUAAUAAUAAUGAGUCAAUUCGUCGUUAUUUUGAACGAUUAACACUUCUCGAAACAAUUUAUGAAAAAUUAAAUAUUGAAUCAAAUAAAACACCAUUAGAAACUAUAGAUCAUCAUGAAAACUCUUCAACACAAGCAAAUACAACUGAAUCAAUACCACAAAAACAUUCUCCUAUUGAAAAACAAAUAGAAAUAAAACAAGAUAUUUCCAAUCAUUCUCAUACACAAUCAAGGAAUAAGAUCGAUACAAAUAAAACAAAAACAAAUAAAUUUUUUGAAAUGAAUGUUGAUGGAAAUGGUAGUGUUAGUAGUGGGAAAAGUUCUAUUAAACGACGAGCACCAACUGCUCCACAUAUAACACAAAAUGAUAAUAAUCAUCAAAAAAAUCCGCCUAUGUUUGUCUUAUCAUCUACUGAUAUCAAUAUACUACAUAAAACUAAUCAAGAAAUAAGUCCACCGAUUCAAUUUCUCACUCAUACUGAAAAAUACUCAAAUAUAGUUAGUCCAAAAGAAAGAUUAUCUUCACCAAUAGAUAAUACAACUGCUUCAUGUGAUGAUCAUGGACAUAUUUUUGUUUAUGAACCAAAUCUAAAUCAAAAUCAUACUCAUAAGAAUGAAGAACAAUCUGUUACAAUACCAAAAAAAUCUGAACGUAUACAAGAAUGGUUAUCUUCAUGUGACACAAGAGAAGAAUCAGAUUCUCAAAAUAAUUUAUCUUUACGUAAUCACACUACUAGUCCAACAACUCAAUUAAAAAUACGUUGUAUGGCAAAACCAAUGCGAUAUUCAAGUCCAGUAUCUCCAUCAUAUCACACUCAAAAUCAUCUACCAUCAAUUAACAAUGAAAUUGAACCAGGUCGUUUUCGAACAUCAGUAAAAAUAAAUCUUGAAACAAAUGAACCUAUUAUACAUCCACGAAAUCGAUUGUCAUCAUCGACAUCUAGAUAUUAUCAACAACUACAAACUAUAGCCGAUCAAGAUUUAAAUAUUACAGAUCAUAAAUAUUAUCAAAGACAUGCAAUAUCACCUAGUUUUCAACGUGAUCAUCAAGCUGUCUAUCUUUAA